AUGGCCUGCUGGCGAUUGUGUGCUGCUUGCUUUGAAUUGGAUAGGACUCGGUCCCUUGAUUUGCUCGACACUCUUCAUGACUCGUUGAUCACUCACCAGCCCAGAUCUGAGCUGCCUCACCUCUCCCUGAGCAUUAUGCCUGGCACCGUGGGCAGGCCCAGCUGGCUAAAAACAAACUUCGCCCGCACCGCAGGCUAA